AUGGAUUUACUCAUCGGUAAAUUCCUGAUGAAUCAGAAAGAGGAAGCAGUCGUAGCGGCCGAAGUUGUUCGCGACGUUCGAUAUGUUAUUCUCUACUAUUCUGCCUCGUGGAGCCCGCCUUGUCAAACACUUUUGCCAAGACUGAAGGAAAUUUACGAGAACGCAAAGACACACGACAUCCUUCUCGAAGUCAUUUUUGUGCCAUCGGAUCACGACAACGAGGAAAUGACCAGACACUUUUCCGUUCAUCACGGUCCAUGGUACGCCGUACCGGUUGGUUCGUUGGCCAAAGCGAUGAGAAAAAAGUUUCACAUUGUUUCCAUCCCCACCUUGAUAGUCCUUAGUAAAGAUGGAAAAGUUAUAACUAAAAAUGGUCGUCGGGAUGUGGAGCAUUUGGAAAACCCUUUGAAGGAAUGGUUCCCCGAAUAUUUCGCUGAUCUGCAGAAACCCGAGCAGCGUGCACAGUCGCAUAUUGUACCGGAUAGUAAUGACAACACCUGA